AUGUAUUAUUUGCAGUUUGUCAUCCUCGCCGCACUCGUGGCCGCCGCUCAAGCCGGAGUGAUCGGCGCACCCGCCGUGGUCGCCCCAGGCGCACCCAUCGGCUAUGCCGCCCCCGCAUACGCCGCCCCCGCCUACAAGGUAGCCGCCCCCGUCGCCUACGCCGCCCCAGUUGCCAAGGUCGCCGCUCCCCUCGCCUACGCCGCCCCCAAGGCUGUCGUCGCUGACGAGUACGACCCCAACCCACAGUACAACUACGCCUACAACAUCCAGGACGCCCUGACCGGAGACGCCAAGAGCCAGCAGGAGAGCCGUCAGGGAGACGUUGUCCAGGGCAGCUACUCCCUUGUCGAGCCUGAUGGUUCCCGCAGGACCGUCGAGUACACCGCUGACCCCGUCAACGGAUUCAACGCCGUCGUCCACAAGGAGCCCGCUGGUCACCCAGUUGUCGCCAAGGUUGCCGCCCCCGUCGCAUACGCUGCCCCCGUCGCCAAGGUCGCCGCUCCUCUGGCUUACGCCGCCCCCGUCGCUAAGGUCGUCGCCGCCCCCGUCGCCUACCACGGUUAAACUGCCCCAAAAAUUUGGUAUCAUGUAUUGACAGUUCUGGCAGUGGCGAUGUGCGCCCAAGCCCAAUACCCGGCCCCGGCUUACCACGCACCCGCCUACCCGGCACACGCACCCGUCUACCACGCACCCGCUCCAGUCGUUCCCGUCGUCAAGGCCUACGCCAAGCCCGUGGUUCCCGUCCCCGUCUACCCCGACGCACACCCCCACUACACCUUCGAGUAUGCCGUCGCCGACGCUCACACCGGAGACACCAAGAGCCAGCACGAGAGCCGCGACGGAGACGCCGUCCAGGGAGUCUACAGCCUGAUCGAGCCUGAUGGCACCAAGAGGACCGUCGAGUACACCGCUGAUGACCACAACGGAUUCAACGCAGUCGUCCACAAGGAAGGCACCCCAGUCGUCCCCAAGUACGCCCCCGCCCCCCACGUAGUCCCAGUCAUCCCCAAGGUGCCCGUUGUCCCCGUGGUCAAGUACGCCGCCCCAUACUACAAGCACUAAUCACCCAUAAUCAUCGCUCAGAAUGCCCCCCCCCCCCCCGUAACACCCGUUACGACGACUGCAACCACGCUCACAUCUUGUACAAAUCAGUCACUCAUCGAUAGCGAUGCUUUCCAACGCUAAGGAAUCGUUUACUAUCGCCAUUGUAUUAUUUAUUAUUUUUUAUAAAUAAAACAUAUCACGUCGAAA